AUGUGCUCAGUAACCUCCACGUACUCUACCAAGUGUAUACAAAAACAAGCGCACAAAGAAGGAAUAUGGUGCUGCACAUGGGGUGAAAAUCGGAACAGAAAUAAACAGUACAUUAUUACAGGUUCUUUAGAUAAUGGCCUCAUCGCUUGGGAGUGGAUUAAUAGUCAGUUAAAAUGUCUUUAUCAAUUUGAAGGACAUAGAUUGGGUGUUAUUUCGGUUGACAUAAAUUCAACAGGUACACUGGCAGCAUCUAGCAGUCUUGAUAGCCAGAUUUUAUUAUGGGAUCUGGAAACAGGAAAGUUAACAAAAACAUAUGACGGUGAUCCAGCUGAUACCUGGACUGUUGCCUUCUCUCCUGAUUCGCGUUUCCUAGCUACUGGGAGUCAUACAGGCUGUGUAAAUAUGAUUAAUGUACAAACUGCUCAGAAAGAGGGUUCUAUUCAAUUAGAAGGGAAAUUUGUCUACAGCCUUGCUUAUAUCUCUGACGGAUCUAAGCUAGCUGCUGGAACAAUCAAUGGGCUUGUCAGCAUUUGUGAUUUAGAAACAGGGAGUGUUCAGUUUUUGGAUGGACACGCCACACCGGUACGUUCAGUUUCAUUUUCACCCGAUGGACGUCUAUUGGCUUCUGCAUCAGAUGAUAAACAAAUUAAAGUUUUCGAUGUGCGCGAUGGUCGACUGGUUAUCCCUAGUUUAAAUGGUCAUAAAGGAUGGGUUGUAUCAGUAGAUUUCGCUUCAGAUAAUCGACAUCUUGUCACAGCAUCCACUGAUUGUUCUGUUCGAAUCUGGGAUUUGGCAUCAAAAGAAGAAAAACAUUGUUUUAAUACACAUGAAGAUCAGGUAUGGUGCGCUCGUUAUAGUCCUCAAGGAAAUAAUAUUAUAUCUGUAGGAGAUGAUAGAUCUAUCAUGAUUUAUCAAUGUGCUUAAUAUUAAAAAUAUUUUUAUACUUAUUAUUAUUAUUAUUAUUAUUAUCAGUCAUUAUGACAUCGUUUAACAGUAUUUAUUAAUAGUACUGAUAUGCAGUCAUCAAUCUUUUUUUAUUCCUUUUUUUAACAAAUCAAUAAGAUUCAAGUUUCUUAUUUCAUAUGAUAUUUCGUCAGACACCAACCCAUUAGGGCUGAUCAGACUUCCAAGAUAAGUGAAGUUGUCAACGCGUUCGACUUCUUCACUCCAUAUCCUUAGUUCAGGUGUUGACACAGAUCAGUUCUGAAGCAACAACUUGCAUUUAGAGGGAGAGAAGUGCUAUCAGCUCUGAAGACCAUGAUCAACCUCCCUCUGGCCAUACUGCAUUCGAUCAUUAAUAGAGUUUGACACUUGAAACUGUACUGUAAAUACUAC